CUCACCCUGUGCGAACACGAAUGCUUGUGUGUGCUCUGUUUGGACGUUGCCUCGCACAACUUAAUAUUUGCGCAUCAAAUUCGCGUUCCAGAUUUUUAGUUGUUGUUCGGCGAGCAUAACGUUGACAUUGUUCACAGAAAAAUAGUUUAAUUACUACUUAAAUCAUGUCUAUUCAAGAAAAUAAUUUAAUUUUAUUUGAACAUGAGCGUAAACUUAAAAGUGCCGCGUUAAUAAUUUUACAUUCUAUUUAAAAAAAAACAAAAAAAAAACAAGUUGACAAGAUAGAAGAUGAUGAAUCACUCACUUGUAUAGACAACGAGAAGCUAGACCCAAUUUAAUGGAUCAUUUACAAUUCGAUAAAACUAUUGGACAAUUUAAAAAUUGUAUUUGUAUGGCGUCAGAGGACUUUGAAUUUUUGCUGUGCAAAAUUGGACCAAAAAUUAUGAAAAAAGACACUACUAUGAGAAACGCAGUUUCAGUUGAUAAAAGAUUAGCAGUUACAUUAAGAUUCCUUGCUACAGGAGACUCUUAUACUAGUCUUCAAUAUACGUUUUUGAUAUCAAAACAACUUAUAUCACUCAUAGUACCAGAAGUUUGUCAAGCAUUUAUAGAAGUUCUGAAGACAUAUGUUAAGAGCACGAAAUGUGAGACAUUUAUAUUCAUUGGCCUGGAGGUAAUCCUCAGCUGAGACGCACGUGAUCGACAAACUAAUGAACCAUAAAAAGUUUUAAUGCAGUACAUAUCGAAUAUUUGUGUACAAAAUAUAUUAGGUAAUAAAUUAAUAAAUAAGUAUUCACCAGUUGCUCCAAUUUACUUUUAGAAUAUAAUAUAUUACAAUACUCCACAGUUAUGUUAAUCCAUUUCGGGUGGUUAAAGAUCUUAAGUAUAUUGGUUUUACAUUAGACAUAAUUCUUAGUCGAAAAUAUCAAUCAAAUGUCUACAAAUAUCGUAAAGAAAACUAACUAUGUUAGUCAAAUACCCAAAGUAGCAAUUAAUUAUUAUGAAUGUCUUGAACUCGGAGUACGGUGUUGUACAACACCUGUCUUCUUUGUCACUGUUACGUCUUGUAAGCUGCGACGGUAUGAUGCGGGGGCCGGGGGACUUAUCGACUAUCGUGAUUCGUGAACUAACUUAAUAUUUUAGACGAUACUACAUAAUUAUUCAAACGUUACUAAAAAACAUUAAAACCUAGUCCGAAUAUUUGACUGACCACGAUGUGUCGUACUUUAAUAUUUUUAACGAAAAUUAUUAAAACAUGAUUUUUCUAACUAUUAUUUUUUUUAUAUAAGCACCGUAAAGUGGUAGGUACAAAUUGUAUGAUAAACAAGUAAAUCGUGUACAGUUUUAACUGCAUCAAUAAUUGUAAAAGGAAUAGUUAACAUUAAUUCGAUUACUUAUUAUUUAUUACGAUUCAGAUGAAAUAUUGUUAUUGUUAAUUCAUCACAAUUAAGUAUAUUUUUAGACAACGCCGGUGACAAAAGAGACAAAAGUAUUUCUAAAUGCUUAAUUAUAUGAUCAUGAAUAUUAAAUUUCAUACCAUUCAACUAUUAUAGGUAACUAUAAAAAAUCGA